GUAGUAGAGCCAGAUCAUUGCGUGAGCUGUAGCGGAGUGGUGUACAGUCGUGGCAAUGCCUGCUUUGUACAGUAGCCAAUCGGGCAUUGAGUCGUUUUCUGUUUCAUGGUCUGUUUCGGGUGACCUCAGUCGCCCAGAAAGUGGUAGGAUACAGCAGAUACUGUUCCAGGUGAGGGAGUGGUGAGUGGGAGAGACUCCUGUAGGCCAAUGGCGAGGGCAGAGAGGGGAAGACGCUUCAGAAUGAAGCAACUGUCUGUAGGGAGGAAGGUUGGGACAACCCUCUGGCUUCUGUCGGCGCUUCCUCAUCAAAUGAGCAAGACGAAACUCAAGCCUCAAUUGCCCAGGUAUUGCAGCAAUUGUGGAGUCACAAAACUCACAUCACCUAAAACAGAUCACCUGGAGCGCACGAGCAAUAACUUCCGUCAGGAGAUGCUCUCAGCGGCCACAGUUCUGGAAAUCCUGGAUGCCUCUCCAAGUGUCAAGCGGCUCGCACUUCAUGUCCACAAGCCACAUUUCAACUUCAAAGCCGGCCAAUGGGUGGACCUGUUCAUCCCAGGAGUGUCCAAAGUUGGAGGCUUCUCCCUGUGCUCUUCCCCCGAGCGCCUGGCAGAGGAAAGCCUUGUGGAGUUGGCUGUGAAGUACAGCUCACAUCCGCCAGCACACUGGGUACACAGACAGUGCAGUGUUGGGGCUGAAGUCGCUAUUCGUAUUGGUGGAGACUUCUACUACAACCCCCAACCAUUCGAUCCAUCCCAUGACCUGCUGCUCGUGGCAGGAGGGGUGGGUAUCAACCCCCUCUACUCCAUCCUUCUGCACGUUACGGAUAUGCUGCGACAGGAUGCUCCUGGCUGCAGCCCACAGAAGGUCAGCUUGGUCUACACCGCCAGGGAUUCCACCGAGAUUCUCUUUCAGGAAUCGUUGCUGGCCUUGAUGAAGGAGUUCCCUGAACAAGUGAGAUGUCACUUUCACGUCACCAGGCAACAGGCGCCUGUACCGGACUAUCUCAGACCCCACCUCACAGUUGGAAAGCUGACGAAGAAUGAUUUGAGCGCGCGUGUGAACGGGACUCCAAGGUGCUACAUCUGUGGACCACCCCCCAUGAUUGAAUUUGUGUCGGAGACACUUCAGUCACUGGAGUUGCCUCGGGCUAGCAUCUUCUAUGAGAAGUGGUGGUAGCAGCUCUGGAUUUUUUUAUGCAAGCAAUGCAAAGCAAAUAUCUGGGAGUAUAUAUUGCAGUUCAUUUAACUUGUUAUAAAACACAUGGCUUGAAUGGGCCCAGUUCACGUGUCAUCAGAAUGCUUAUAAAUAUCUGGAAAUUGUUGUGAAACUUUAAGAGGAAAAGAAUGGUGCAGAUACUUUGGUCAAAGUGUUCCACAAGAAAAUACAUCACUUGAAGAGGCAGCGAUUCAGACAGACGAGAUCUCACAGAAACCGAAAUGUUCCGCCAGUCUAAACUUAUUUAAUAAUUAAGUCACACUUUAAACAACUUAAAACUGUUAGAAAAUGGAGCAUUAUAUAUGAACCUGUGGUGUGCAACAUCGAAUUAUUUGUGUACAUAUGUAUGUAUUUGACUGGGUGUGAUAUUGUAUUCAUACAUACUGAAUACAUUAUAGAUUUUAAAAUGGUCGUAUAAAUUUCGUUACGUAUUUUGUAUUUAUUACUUCACACCCUGGACACCUUUGCAAACAAAAUGUUUCAUCUGCAGGGACUAUCCAGGUAAAAAUGCUUGAAUAAUAAAAAAAAAAUAGGUCCACAAUCUGGUGGAUACCUUAAUCUAUCUCCACACAAAUGUGAUGUAAGAACAGGACUGGCUGCCAUGCUGUUUCACAUCUCCAAUAACAAGACCGGGAUAAUUAUCGUGGCAUUGCCUUAUUUGCUGACAGCUCAUUGUCACAUGCAGUGACCAAACACCUUUCAUGUUGCUUUAUUGAAUGAGGGCUCCGUUGGCCCCGCGUUGUUCCUUUGUGAUUCCAAUGUCUCCGAUUCCCAAGCCACUCAACCAUGUUUACACUCUUCACAAAACACACACAAAUUGUAGUCGCCAUCACUGGAAAGUGCUUAACGUAAUUUAGCAAAAAUGCGGAAAUAUAAUUUUCCAGGUUACGAUACAAUGAAAUAUUAUAUUUGAU